AUGCCUACACCCUUCGCGCGGCCCCCGAGACGUGAUAACACCAGCCUCACCCGCCAGCACCGACCUCGCGGACUCCGCCGGCCCGUCAAGUCCUCCCCUGUGUGGGACAUCUGCGUGUACUACUGGUACCAGCCCACGACCACCACAGACAACAACAACAACACCACCCGCGUCCUCCCCUACAUAUUCCACAAGAGCACGCACGAGCCAAGCCGCGCCGAGCUCACGGUCCUCGCCCUGGGCAUCGUCAUCGUCGUGGUCCAGCUGUGCCGGGUGGUCUUGCGGCUGCGGCGCGAGGGCGCGUUCGUGGCCGCAACACAGCCGCCGGAGGAAGAGGAAGCGAGAGAGAAAGAGAAGGAGGAGCCGCGCAAGGUCGCCAUCGUCCUGCCGGUCGAGCCGGCCCGCGCUGCUUCAGCUUCGGCAGCCACACCCACGCCACCACGCGGUGAUGAUGUCCUCGGCGGCUUCGCGGUGCUCACUUCAACCGGCGGCGGCGGCGGCGGCGGCGGUGGCGGUGGCGGGCCUACCCUCCGCUUCCGCCUCAACCACCGCAGGGGCAGCUGGGGCGGCGGGGCAGCUGGGCAUGUGGGCGACGCCCGUGGCCCCGAGGGCCGGCGCGGGUCUGCGGGACAACCUCUGGGGAACCUGCCGGAGGGCGACGACGACAGUGGCGACGCGGAGGGCGAAGAGCCGGAUGCGCAGGUGUCGCUGGGGAACUUGUGCAUGGGCACAGGCCCGGAUCCAGAGCCAGAGACCGAGACCGCCCACGACGCACUCGCCUCCCUCGCGGACGUGGGCGUGGGCAGCUUGGGCCCGGACCCGGCGACGCCCACCAUGCUGCCGCUGUCUAUCGAGUAUGCACGUGAGGACAAUGACAUGGGCGGCGGCGACGAGCUGAGGGAGAUCGAUAAGCCACGCUCGCCGCGGUCGCCGCGCAUGCUCGCUGCCGAUCAGGCUGCCAUUAUGGAUGCUCUUCUCCACGCGGGGGACCUAGACCUGGACCAGGGGGUAGACUGGGAGGCGGACGCGCCGUCGCCGCCGGCGGUUGGAGCCGAGGUGGACGUGCCGUCGCUGGCUCUUGGGUUUGAGGACCCCCUUGGGGUGAACAGGCUGGCGGGGCGCUCUGAGAAGGACGGGCAGGGGCGUGAGGCGGUUGAGCUUGGAGAGCUGCGGGAUAUGUGA